GUCGAGAAUAAUGGCAGCCUGUUGGUGACGUCCGUCAGGUAGAGCGACGCGCGCAGUUUUCACGUCUGAUGAUUGGUCAACAAAACAGGCUCUUCUGUACGUUUUCCGCUUUCAGCUCGCUGCUUGAUGAGCUGCCUGAUCGCUUGCAAAUUGGUGAUGAUGUUGAGAUGUACGAUUGCGGCACCGAAUCAUGAGUGAUGGUGGAGUGAUGAUGCCCGAGAUUGUGAUGGGAUGCAGCGAUGAUGAGAUGCUUCCAGGAUGCUUCUGGGGUUCUGCUGGGCGGGGAUCCAGAGGGGAUGCCGAGACUGGUAUGUUGUUGGGUUUGGAGGGGAUGGAUGUUCGAGAAGGGAACCUGAAGAUUCGAGAAGGGAACCUGAGAAAUCGAAUCCUCACAGUCCCUCGUUUAUUGCGGCACAGCUCGAAAGAAAUUUAUCCGCCCCGGCCAGAGGAGAACUCAUGUUGCUGGACAGUGGCUGUCCGGCGCCUCCGGAUACCUCGUUCGAUGAGUAUAAACUACAAACUUCAGAUCCACUUAUUCAUCACGUCCAUUUCCCACAAAGCCUACCAUCCCGACGCUCCCCAGAUCAGCAUGAUGGAAAUUGUAGCGGAGCCUACGCCUCCUACCGAGGGAAUCACGGGGGUAACCAACACCAAGGACACUGACGACCAUCCCGAAACUCGAUAUAUGCAAGGAUGGGCUCUCGCUUCUUUGACCUUGGCCUUUAUGUCCAUCUGCCUCGUUCUCGCGAUUGAUAACACCAUUCUGUCAACGGCGAUACCCCAGACCACCAGCGACUUCCACAGCCUCAACGAUAUCGGGUGGUAUGGCUCUUCCUAUCUGAUCGCACAGAUGGCACUGUUGCCAACCUGUGGCCGCCUGUAUGCGUUCUAUAACAUCAAGUGAGUGUACUGCAUCUCGCUUGCCGUCUUCGAAAUAGGGUCCAUCAUCGCGGCCGUCGCCCCAAAUUCCGUGACACUCAUCAUAGGGCGAGCACUCUCUGGUCUCGGUGCUGCGGGCCUGGUGAGCGGAACAACAACCAUUUUAUCGUAUUGCGUGUCCCUAAAAACGCAAGCAAUGCUGUCGCCUAUUGUGUUGGGCAUGUACAACAUUGGAUCGGCCGUCGGACCACUCGUGGGUGGUUCGAUAACCGACAACAAGAAGCUGACCUGGCGGUUUAUUUUCUGG